GGGCUUCAUCCAUCGCACACACAAAUCGUCAGGAUGCGCUGCGCUUCCCCCUUGGAAUCCCUGUUGAUGUCUUCUCCAUUCCAGCUGUGCCCAUAAUCUUCAAUCCGGCCUUCCCCGCCCAGGGAUGGAGCCCGCCCCGCUGGCUGCAAUCAUGUCAUCUGAUUCGACCCCCGACCCCCGGCUGGAGAAGCCCCGGCCGGCAGCGGUCAGUCGCAUCAACUUCUUCACCUCCCAGCUAAAUACCUCGAUCGAGGCCUCCAGUAUCGAGGACUUGUGCUCUGUGUAUAAGCCCUUUGACCUCCUCCUGGAGACAGGGGCCCACAAUGGCCUAUGGUGGCUUGAUAUCACGGCUCCAGCGGAAGAAGAUAUUGAAGCUUUAGCGCGAUUCUUCAACCUCCACCCCCUGACUACGGAGGAUAUUAAAACCCGCGAAACCAGAGAGAAGAUCGAACUUUUCGGUCACUACUACUUUCUCUCUUUGCGACCGCCGCGCCGAUUUGAGACGGACACUGGGGUACGCAUUGUCUCGCACAACCUCUACGCCGUGGUGUUCCGGGGCGGCGUUCUCAGCUUCAGUUUCGACCCCAGUCUGCACACUAGCCAUGUGCGACAGCGUAUCAAGGAGCACAGCAGUCAUCUGCUGUUGACCAGCGAUUGGAUUUGCUAUGCCCUGAUCGAUGACAUUGUUGAUGGCUUUGCCCCGUUCAUCAGUCGUGUCGAGACUGGUGUUGUAACGGUGGAAGACUCCGUCUCCAUCACUCGACCGGACGACAUGGGACUAGCCUUGCAGCGUAUCUUCAAACUGCGCAAGGAGGUCAUGAACAUUCGUCAGCCGCUGCACGAUAAGAUCGACGUCAUCCGGUCCUUUGCGCGGCACUGCGAUAUCUCCGACACCUCGUCAUCGCAGGUUGCCCUGUACCUUAGCGACAUCUGCGAUCACGUCGUUACCAUGAUUGCCAACCUUGAGCAGGCCGAGCAGAUGCUCUCGCGGUUGCAGUCGAAGUACCUCACCCAGGUUCACUUCGAUUCCGGACGCAUGCGCAAUGGUAUUGCAUCGGCACUCAGUAAGCUAACAGUUCUUGCAUCUAUUCUCGUGCCGAUGCAGUUCAUCACGGGUUUAUUCGGAAUGAAUGUCAGAGUGCCAGGGAAGACGCAUGAUGGGGACAACUCACUCACCUGGUGGUUCAGCAUUCUAGGUUUCAUCCUCGGACUGACUGUAAUAUUCGCCUGGGUGGCCAAACGGAUCGGACUGCUGGAUCGAUAACUGCUACACAUACAUACUAUGUUGCAUAGAGGCUACAUCUUCAUCGUACAUAAUUAAUACCAUAUACCUAAUGCUAUACUAUUUCCUUGGCCGAAUCCCCUUAUUCACGCCCUAAUAUCCAGCCCAAGCGCCCGCUGGCUCUCCCGCACCUUAUCCAUCAACACCGCCAUGUCCUUCUCCGUCUCAUUCCACUCCUGCUCUACGAUCGCCUUGGCCUUCUCACUGUGCGGCACAAACAGCGCCUCAAACGGUUCCGGU